AUGCUAGCUGCUGAGGACGGAAGAGUGGACAAGACAGGAAGAGAAUCUAGCCGAGGAGUGACGAAUGUCUAUGUGGGUUUAUUCCAGAAACUCCCUCCUGGGGAUGUGGCCACACAGUACUUUGCUGACAGGGACAUGUUCUGUGCUGGCCGUGUACCUGAGGAGGAUCUGAAGAGGACAAUGAUGGCCUGUGGAGGCUCAGCCCAGACCAGUGUGAAUGCUCUGACUCCAGAUGUGCUGGGCAGUUGCCAGGGGUUUGAAGAGACCCAAAUAGGAGGCGAGCGGUACAAUUUCUUCAUCAUGAUUGUGAGGAGGGCCAUCAAGAAUGACUCUGGGGUGGCUGGUGGUGGAGCCAUCGAUGAGCUCUCCAAAUACCUGCGCGAUUACUCAGGGCCCAUUCCAGAGAAACAGCAGCUGCUGAUGGAGGCAUAUGCUAAGGCCCUGGAGAUUAUUCCUCGACAGUUAUGUGGCAGCGCCGGCUUUGACGCCGCAAACAUCCUCAACAAGCUGCGAGCUCAACACGCCCAGGGAGGCAGGUGGUAUGGGGUAGACAUCAACAGCGAAGACAUUGCCAACUUCCAGGCCUUUGUGUGGGAGCCAGUCACGGUGAACAUCAACGCCUUCACAGCGGCCUCUGAGGCUGCGUGCCUGAUUGUGUCUGUGGAUGAGACUAUCAAGAACGCCCGAUCCACAGUGGAUGAUCCCCCAGGAGCCGCUCGGGGCCGAGGCCAAGGCCAAGGCCAAGGCCGCCUCCAUGGAGAGGCAGUCUGCACACGUCCCUGUGAGGUGAACUGUGGUUGA